CCCAAACAUCCCUCAUCGCUUGUCUUACCUCCUCUCAUCCAAGUAGCUGCCUAGACAUAAUCCAAGGCCGCCUCAGUCGUAUCAGAAUUGAGCUUUGCAGGCCGCUAGAGCUAUCCCUACCUUUCACGCCCGCACGACCUUCUCAACAUGGACAAUCAGCUCAUCAGUCUCGUGAACAAGCUGCAAGAUGUCUUCGCGUCUAUCGGUGUGUCCAACAACAUCGAUCUGCCACAGAUCACAGUGAUUGGUUCUCAGAGUAGUGGAAAGUCUUCCGUUCUAGAGAACAUCGUCGGUAGAGACUUUCUGCCAAGAGGGACGGGUAUCGUCACCCGUCGACCUCUAGUAUUGCAGUUGAUCAACCGACCAGCAACCAGCAAACCCAAUGGUGCAUCAACGGACAAGCCAGAAGAAGCCUUAGCCAAGACGCAAUUGAACGAGAACAAUCCUGACGAAUGGGGUGAAUUCCUUCAUUUGCCCGGUCAGAAAUUCCAUGAUUUCAACAAAAUCAGAGAGGAGAUCGUACGAGACACCGAAAAGAUGACGGGAAAGAAUGCUGGCAUCUCACCUAAUCCCAUCAACUUACGAGUCUUCUCCCCUAAUGUCCUCACCCUGACUUUGGUCGAUUUGCCAGGUCUGACCAAAGUUCCCGUCGGUGACCAGCCCCGUGACAUCGAAAAGCAAAUCCGAGACAUGCUCAUGCGCUAUAUUUCGAAACCCAACGCCAUCAUACUCGCCGUCACCGCCGCCAAUACCGAUCUGGCGAACUCUGAUGGUCUCAAGCUGGCCCGUGACGUGGACCCAGAGGGCACGCGCACUAUCGGCGUCUUGACCAAAGUCGACUUGAUGGACCAAGGGACGGAUGUUGUAGACAUUUUGGCUGGUCGUGUGAUUCCUCUGCGGCUGGGAUAUGUUCCCGUGGUGAAUCGAGGACAGAGGGAUAUAGACCAGAGCAAGUCUAUCGCCACCGCCCUGGAGAAUGAGCGCAAAUUCUUCGAAAACCAUCCUAGUUACGCAGGGAAAGCUCAGUAUUGCGGUACACCAUGGUUGGCUCGAAAGCUCAACAUCAUUCUCAUGCACCACAUUCGAAAUACUUUACCAGAUAUCAAAGCCAGGAUCAGUCAACAACUCGCCAAAUAUACUUCCGAACUCGCUGCUCUCGGUGGACCUAUGGGCGAGACGAAUCCCGGAAGUGUUGUUCUGUCAACUAUCACUGAGUUCUGUGCAGAAUUCCGAUCGGCUAUCGACGGUAAUACCAAUGAUCUUUCAUUGAACGAAUUAUCCGGCGGUGCACGUAUAAGUUUUGUCUACCACGAACUGUACAACAACGGUGUUAAGAGUAUCGAUCCUUUCGACCAAGUGAAAGAUGGUGACAUUCGAACGAUCUUAUACAAUUCUUCCGGUUCUACCCCUUCUCUCUUCGUCGGUACUUCAGCAUUCGAAAUUAUCGUGAAACAACAGAUCCGAAGAUUGGAAGAACCUUCUCUCCGUUGUUGCGCCUUGGUGUAUGACGAACUGAUUCGUAUCCUCGGUCAACUAUUAGCAAAGACUCAAACUUUCAAACGUUAUCCAGAACUGAAAGAACGAUUCAAUCUCAUCGUCAUCAACUUUUUCAAAUCAUGCAUGUCCCCAACGAACAAAUUGGUCAGUGAUAUGGUAGCUAUGCAAGCUUGUUAUGUCAACACGACCCACCCGGACUUUCUCAAUGGUCAUAAAGCUUUGGCGUUGGUGACGGAACGUAUGAACGCUAAUAAACCUCCUGAAAAGCCAGUCGAUCCGAAAUCGGGAAAGCUAGCUGUGGGAACGUUGAACAAUGGGAAAGAUUUAGAUGCGGAUAUGAAGAAAGAUGAUAGUUUCUUUGCUAGUUUCUUCACGAAGGAGAAGGGACCCAAGCGGAAAGGAGGUACAAUGGAAGCUCCACCGGCGGUGAUCAAACCUCAAUCUUCGUUGAACGAUAGGGAGUUGAUGGAGACGGAAGUGAUCAAACUCCUCAUCACCUCGUACUUCUCCGUUGUCAAACGAGAAAUGAUCGACAUGGUACCCAAAGCCAUCUCUCUGACAUUGGUGAGCUACUCGAAGGAGAACUUGCAGAGAGAAUUGCUGGAACAUCUUUACAAGCCUGAUGUGUUGGAGGAAUUGUUGAAAGAGUCUCCUGAUAUCGUUGCGAGACGCCGGGAAUGCAUCAAGAUGGUCGGUGCUUUGAACUCUGCAGAAGCUAUAGUCGCUUCUGUUUAAAUUCGGACGAGUAGGAGAUGAGAUAGAUUGUACGCCAUGCACAUAUUACGA